UAAACAAAACACACACUCACACGCCAACAUAAUCGAAGAGUCAUCGUCAGCUCACUGCAAUUUACAAUAGUUUUCUGUUAAAUUUUACAUUUUUUCAGAAGUGGGUAAUUUCAUUUAAGCUUACAAAUUCAUGAUCUGAGAAUAUAGUUUUAUUAAAUUUAGUCAAACACCUUAAUUUGAUUUCAACCAGCCAAAAUGCCGGUGAAACCUGUCGAAAAACAACCCGAGGAGCUGUCUGAGGAUGACAAAAGGCUCCAAGAAGAACUCAAUAUGUUGGUGGAGAAAAUAACGGGUCCUGAUCAAAUGCUGUAUCUGCCUGCUCUGGAAAGCAUGAGAGAUCUUAUAAGAACAUCAACCACAUCUAUGACCAGUGUUCCCAUGCCUCUCAAGUUCCUCAGAGUGCAUUACGGUGCACUGAAGGAAGCACUUGAUAAAAUAACUGAACAAAAAGCGAAGAAUUUGUGCGCCAGUAUCAUUUCGGUCCUUGCCAUGGGCCAAGAUCAGCCUGGAGCCAGAGAAUGCUUGAAAUUCUGCUUGGUAUCUACUCAGAGGGAUGUUGGAGAUUGGGGUCAUGAAUAUGUUCGACAAUUGGAGGGCGAAAUAGCUGAAGAAUGGGCUGCUCUAGAAACCGAUCAGGACAAAGCAAAACUGCUGCCCCUCAUUGAAAGCAUCAUUGGCUUUGAUAUGAGACACAACGCUGAGAUCCAAGCAUGUGAUCUGCUCAUGGAGAUUGAUAGGCUAGAACUACUCGACAAACAUAUGGAUAGCACUAACUAUCCCCGUGUCUGCCUCUAUUUAGUUGGGUGUUCCGUUUAUGUUGAAGAGCCUGAACGAGCAGCCAUCUUGAAUCGUGUUCUGGAGCACUAUUUGAAGUUCAAUGAAUACCCCAGAGCUCUUUGUCUAGCUAUGCAGCUCAACAAUACAAAAACAAUGUCGCGUAUAUUCAGCAGCUGUACUGACGUGGCUGUAUGCAAGCAAUUGGCUUACAUGGUUGGAAGGCAGCAACUACUUCUGGAUCUAAGUGAACUUGACAUGCCUUCAGACUUGGUAUCCGAGCUAAACAACAUCAUGACCAAUGCCCAUAUUAACGAUCAUUUCCAGAGUCUAGCCAGAGAGUUGGACAUAAUGGAACCAAAAACGCCAGAAGAAGUGUAUAAAACGUGGCUAGAAGGCCUGGUGCUGAGACCGACUUACAACCUGGAUGCCCCCAUGGAUUCAGCACGGCACAACCUCGCAUCAACCUUUGUCAACGCUUUUGUUAACGCUGGAUUCUCCAGAGACAAGCUGGUGUGCGUGGAAGAGGGCAACAAAUGGAUGUACAAGAACAAACAACACGCUAUGUUGAGCGCGGCUGCAUCUCUCGGCCUCAUCCACCUGUGGGACGUUGAUGGCGGUUUGACGCCCAUUGACAAAUACCUCUACACUUCAGAAGACUAUAUCAAAUCUGGUGCCCUACUCGCUCUGGGAAUUGUCAACUGUGGCGUGAGGAAUGAGUGUGACCCUGCCUUGGCUUUGCUCUCCGAUUAUAUCCUGCACGAGAGCUCUACUAUCCGUAUUGGCGCAGUUUUAGGUUUGGGUUUGGCGUAUGCAGGCACGCGACGACAGGAUGUAGUGACCUACCUGCUUCCAGUGCUGUCGGACAAGAAGUCGAGUUCGGAGGUGGUGGCGAUGGGCGCGCUGGCCUGCAGCCUAAUCAUGGUGGGCACGGGCGACGCCGAAGUGGUCGAGUGCGUCCUGCAAACACUCCUCGAUCUGCCCGUGUCCGAGCUCCAGGAGGGCACCUACUCGCGUUUUCUGCCGCUGGCCCUCGGCCUCUGCUACCUCGGCUGGAAGGACGAGACGGAAGCCACCAAGGAGGCACUCAAGGUGCUGCCCGAGCCCUUCAGGUCCAUGGCUCAGCAGAUGCUCAAGAUGUGCGCCUACGCUGGAACCGGCGACGUCCUCGUCAUCCAGGAGCAGCUCCAGAUCUGCAGCGAACAUUACACCCCCUCAAAGGACGAUAAGAAGGAUGGAGACAAGAAGGACGACAAGAAAGAUGAUGAUAAGAAGAGUAAGGACUCGAAGAGUAAAGACUUGACUUCGAUGCAAGCGGUGGCUGCGCUGUCAGUGGCUGUGAUUGCUAUGGGAGAGGAGAUCGGCUCUGAAAUGACCACCCGUAUCUUCGGACAACUGGGCAGGUAUGGAGAGCCAGCUGUACGUAGAGCAGUGCCCCUAGCAAUUGCUCUGUCCUCCAUUUCAAAUCCACAACUGAGUGUCAUCGACGUUCUAAACAAGUACUCCCACGACCUGGAUGAGGAGGUUGCACACAACGCUAUUUUCUCGAUGGGCUUAGUUGGUGCCGGCACUAACAACGCCAGGUUGGCGACCAUGUUGAGGCAGUUGGCUCAGUACCACGCCAAGAACACAGGGCAUCUGUUCAUGGUGCGCAUCGCUCAGGGUCUGACGCAUCUGGGCAAAGGCACACUAUCGCUGUCUCCGUUCAACACCGACCGACAGAUCAUGAAUCCGGUGGCGGUGGCUGGUCUGCUCAUCACACUGGUCAGCUUUCUCGACACCAAGAACAUUAUCCUGGGCAAGUCGCACUACCUGCUGUACACGCUGGCGACGGCCAUGUACCCGCGCUGGCUGGUGACCUUGGACGAGGAGCUGACCCCCAUGCCCGUGUCGGUGCGUGUCGGACAGGCGGUUGACGUCAUCGGCAAGGCGGGUACACCCAAGACCAUUGCCGGCGUCCACACGCACACCACGCCUGUGCUGCUCGCUGUUGGCGAACGUGCCGAGCUCGCCACCGACGAUUACACCCCUCUCACGCCCGUCAUGGAGGGCUUUGUCAUACUCAGAAAGAAGCCCGUUGAAACUGCUUAACUUACUAACUCUAGUUUUCUAUUAUUCGAAGUUAUUAAAUUAAUACUUUUCUUCGCAA